AUGCAGGCCGCACAAAUUAAAGCGUCCGAACGAUUUUCGCGGAAAUUUGCGCGAAAUAAAAUACAGGAAGAAGUGUGUGUGUUUCAGGUGUAUUUGCCUACGGUAUUUAUGAAACUUCCGGCAUGUAGGGAAAGGAGAAGUCGGAUAUUUCUGAGUAUUUUGUUUAUUUUCAUAUCGUCUGAAACACAAAUACGGGCAAAUAAUGCAUAUUCCUUCAGAGUAGAAGUCCUUUCUUGGAAUGAGAAUCAAGUUGCUGAUCUACUUCGCGAGGUUAGAUAUUGACGUGCUUCUGCUUGAGUGAAAUGUUUUUAUUAUAAAUACUUGAAUCAUCUGAGUCGAAAUAUGCUGAUCUGCAGUGGUCACGUAGUCUAACAGUAGAAUUUGAUUUAUAUCUAUACUAUAGGAAAUGUUCUAUUGAGCAACAUGUAAUUUAAAAUAUUGCUUUAAUGCUUUUAUUUAUCCGAUAAAGCAUGUAAUCUUAAAAAGGAAAUUUAAUUUUUAAUCGCCACUACUUGACUCAGUUGACUGUUCGUUUCCUUGUUUGAGCAAAAUAUAAUUCUUCUCAUUUUCAGCGCAAUAAACAGUAAUGGCUAGCAUUCCGAAGGUCGUAGGUUUGAUUCCCACCGUGGUCAGGCAUAUUUUUCAAGCUUGCCCGGUGUGGAUAUACACUCAGAGCAACAUCACAAGCAUCAUAUUCACCUGAGUACAUUGCACCAACACAGAAAAAAAACAGUAUUAAUUCUACAAUGUUUGCGUAUGAUGUGAGAUGAAUGUUAAAAAAAAAUUUCAACAGCAAAAUACGGUCAAGCUAUUUUAAUGAACAGUUGUAUUUAUGUAAUUGUAUGUUUUCAAUGUAUAUAAUUUGGCUUCUAAUUGACUUAACUUUUAAUUAAUACUUUAGUAUUUUUGUAAUAAUUCUCUAUAUUAUUAACUGGUUAUUACAUACAAUGGAAUUAGUAAAUUUUGAUAUGAUUUUGUUUAAUUGUGGUAUUAAUACAGUAUUACUGUAUUUGUGGUAAGAAUAGCAUUAUUAAUUAGCGAAAUUAUAUCUUGACGUUCGUGUCUGAUAAAUGUUAACACUUAUUCAGGCACUUAUACCUGUGUCAAAAAUUGAUAUGCUGUUUAUCAACACUGCUCUUAUACUUAUAAUUAUAUAACAUAAUUUAACAGAGAAUGUUUUAUUACAGCACCAGUUACUUGACUGUGUUGAUUGUAUUUAUCAAAGACAUAUUAAUGGACAAAAAUUAUUGGUAUGUUUACAUCUACACUGUAUGCACAAGUAUUUACUUGAAAGGUUUUGCCCAUUACUAAUUGUUCUGCAUUGCUCUGCACCCCCCCACCCCCCCCCCCCAGAAAAUUAAUCCCAAUUAGCAACUGUGCCCCUAGACCCCAGCUUGGAGUACAAUGAAAAAUUUCUUGUUUUGGAAAAUUAAUAUGCUGACAAAUAUUCUGAUCCUUUUCAGUACUUGAAGGAGGGUGAUGUUAUGUAUUUCUUAGAAAUCCACGAUCAAAGAAGUCGAGGGUAUGUUUACUAUUGAACCGUCAGUGUAGGUAGUAACAAGCUUUUUGGUAAUAAAAAGUAUUAUUCUCACAUGAAACAGUUCAAUGCCGGUAACAAUUAUUGAAGUCAAUCCAUCCUCGUUCCCAGAGCUUCUCGGCUGCCUGAUGUUGCAAUAUCAGGCAGCCGAGAAGCCCUGGGAAUGAGGAUGAAGUCAAUCAGCAUAAAACUAGUUAGACAUGAUUUGUUGUAGGCUGUUUUGAUAUUGAAAAAAAUCAAUAUAUCAAUAUGGAAAAAGUAUCCAUAAUAUUGAAUUAUGCAAAUUAGAAAACCUACUUGUAGUCAACUUGCAUGUGUACCGCAUUAGUGCGUCACAAACAGCAAAAAACAAGGUUGCAUGAAACAAAUAGCCUGCAUAGCAGCCAGUUAGGAAAAUUAGGGUGGGAGAAUGACACGGAGGCGGAGGCAUUUUUAUUAAAGUAAUUCCAAACAGUACUUUGUUGAUUAGACAUAUAUUGUCUAGACUUUCCUUCGUAAUAGAACUGUGAGUUAGAUGAGCUGUGAUAUUUUGAUACUUUGUUUUUAAACCUCCGCCGAUAUAUACGUGCCAUUAAGAUUAUUAUUCAAAGUAAUGCAGAUUCCAUCUUUAUGAGUCAUCACACAGAACUUGUUGUUUCAAGCGGUUGUUGUCUACUUUACUUUAGACUUAAUAGUGUUUAAUUACCUCGGGUCGGUACCACACCGAGGUCAUAAAUUCGGCUCCUAUUUUUUUCCCAUUUUGUGUCGAGCCGCGCGCGUAGUCGAAGAGCCUGCGGAGGAGACGACAACUUCCAGUAAAUAAGUGUACUUCCGGGAAAUUUCAAGCAUUGGCCAAAGCGAAACAGAACCCGAAGCUGUCCUCAGGGAUGCCGGAAGUUGCUGAGGGCAAAGGGUGUGAUUUGCUAUCAAAUGGGCACAUUUUUUAAAAAAGGGCAGAAACAAAAAUGAAAGGGCAUUUGCCUACUUAUAACCUUAUUUAAAAUCAAACACAAGCAAUGAAGCAACCUUUUAUUUAUUUCAAACAUUAAAAUAAGGCACACAGAAUUAGCAGAAAACUGUUUCGCUUUCUCUUCUACUGAAAAAAGUUUUGUGUGGCCAUUUACUAGCUAUAGGUUAUGCAACUAAAUUCAUUGUUUAUAACAUAUAUAAACUUAAUAAACUUCUCCAAUGUAACCUAUUCGUUUGAAAUCUUUUGUGCACCCGUUGCACCCAUAGUCUGCACCCAAAAAGUUAUGAAUACAAAAGGCAUGGGGUGCACUUGCACCCGCUGCACCCAUGGUUCCGGCAUCCCUGGCUGUCCUUGCACAAAAUCCGUCAAAAUUGUUGAUUUAAAACCAGAAAAUGUGAUAAUUUUGACAUACAUGUUUAGCUGGAUAACUAUUCUCGAGUAUAUGUUGAUAUGAUGUUCAAUACUUCGUAUGCAUAGUAUGGGAAUACCGCGGCCAACUUUCACUUGUUUGAUACUGCUAAGCAUUUUAUGGAUGGUUCUUACUGUAACUGGUAGACAACAAUUUUGCCAACUGUCCACUCAUUACAUUCUUCGACUGUGGUACAACUAUUACUAAUGAUGGAUCACCACUAAAGAUGCACCUACAGUAAUUAUAUUUUCGGUACUUUGAUAUAUUUUAAAAAUAUCUGAAGUGACUGUUGUUCUGCUAUGUGCAAUCAACAAAUAGACUGAUAAUAUUGUCUGUUAGUGUUACUAAAUACAAGAUGAAGAAGUGAAGUAGCUAUCUAUGUAUAUCAUUCACUUGUCCACAAAAUAUCCCAAAUAAUGAAUAAAUACAGUUAAAUAAUUGCGUCAGUAAAUUCUCUAAAUUGUUCCUGUAUUUAACUAUUAUCAAUAAAAUGUUAAAACUGAGCUUUGAUUGACUGAUUCACCAUUUAUACUAGUGAACUAUUAAACUAUCGUGAUUUACACGAUUUUUGCAUAUUUACCAGAUGAUGCGCUACCACCGACCCAAGGUUAACGCCGAGCGGGCGUCUUGUUUUAUAUAGUUUCUCUCUUAAGGUGGCUCGCUACAGUUUAUAGAAAUGUUGAAAAUGCGUAAACUAGAUCACCUUUUUGAAGAGAUGAUGCUCUUUACAAAUCGAAAUUUGUAUAUUAUAUAUACAGCGACAAUCAAACAGUCGAAAAUUGGUCAGAAAAGUGAUGUCACCACUGUUGCUAUGGCAACAAUGACGAUUCAAGAUGGCCGAUAUUUUGGCUUUGAACGCAUUUUACUUUAAAAAAGGUCGAUUACCCCCAUUUUUUAUUUCAGAAAACAUUUUCUUAUAGUACAAUACACUAUCUGACCAAUUUUAAAAAAAUUCUGUAAUGCCAAAUUUUUAAAAAAUUUAUAAACAUGGUUUUUCGAAAUAAUUUUUUUUUGCAUUUAUACAGAAUUUUCUUAAAAUUGGUCAGAUAGUGCAUUGCACUAUAAGAAAAUGUUUUCUGAAAUAAUAAAUGGGGGUAACCGACCUUUUUUCAGGGCCCGCGGAGCGUAUUAGAGAGUGGGGGGGCUAAAUCAUCAAUAAAACCCCCAAUUAAUUAAUUUAGAAAGUUUCAUUUAGAUUUCUAUUUUAAUAAUUUUGGCUGUCAAAAAAAGUGGGGGGGCUAAAGCCCCCCCCAGCCCCCCCGUCUCCGCGGUCCCUGUUUUUAAAAGUAAAAUGCGUUCAAAGCCAAAAUAUCGGCCAUCUUGAAUCGUCAUUGUUGCCAUAGCAACAGUGGUGACGUCACUUUUCUGACCAGUUUUCGACUGUUUGAUUGUCGCUGUAUAUAUAUAAUAUACAAAUUUCGAUUUGUAAAGAGCAUCAUCUCUUCAAAAAGGUGAUCUAGUUUACGCAUUUUCAACAUUUCUAUAAACUGUAGCGAGCCACCUUAAUAUAUUACAUAUUAAUCAAAAUCGUAUUUUUUCUUUAUUCUUUUUUACUGACAUCAUGUGUCAUGCAUACUGCACAUUUGAGUUUGUAACAACUAGCUGUAGUUAGUGAAGUCGCAAAGUUUCAACUUAACCACAAUAGCACAUGCAGUUGUGACGUAAAAUAAAGUCAAGUAAAGAUAGUUUUUUCUUUUACCGAAAGUGACUUGGUCAAAAUGAGAAUUUGACCGGACAAGUCCGCAUUCUGGCUGGCCUCGAAAUAAGUGCCGGUCACUGACCGGUAAAAUUUCACAGUUUGACCAGCAAAUAUCGUCGCCUGGCGGACAUGCGUGACCGGUAGAUGUUUUAAUAAAAAAGUAUGGUAAAAAAUAGAGAAAAUUUUGAUUUCCAAUUUUCCAAAGAAGUGUAUGUUCGUCCGUCUACGGUGCAGGCUAAUAAGGGCGUCGAAGUGACACAUUUUGUCAUACAGAUACGAUAUACUUUCCACUGUUGCGUUUUUCAUACGUACGUAUACGCACUUAAAACUUUAAAUCCGUUUAAAUGUUACUUAUGAAAUAACCAAAUAAAUAAAGGAACAGAAUUUAGUGUUCCGCAAGUUUUAGUAUGCAUUUGUUAACUUAUUUGUAAAAUAUUUAAAAAAUAGAAGGAUUCAAAGUUUUACGUGCGUACGAAAAACGCAACAGUGGAAAUCAGCCUUAAGGGCUGUUUUUCACACGUGCGAUGGAAAAGUUUAAAUCUUUUAAAAUUUCAUAUAAGUGCAAAUAACCUUAACAAAUACACUGACAUUAAAUCAUACACAAAACUGAAUGCUGUCCUUUUUGUAAAUUUAGUUAUUUCAUAAGUAGGAUGUAAAACGAUUUCAACUUUUACGUGCGUGUACGGGCGUAUGAAAAACGCUUAACUGGAAUGCAGCCUUAAAGUAUGCUCGCAACUCAAACUAUAUAUACAGUUGUCAUUUGCGACUUAAUAUAUUAAUUUGCUAGUAAACAAUGUUAAUGUUAUUAGUAAUGAUUACUACUACAGCUUUGAUAAACAUCAUGCUUCUACUUUGUAUACAAAUACAAUUAAAAUACACAAUUGUUUCUAAAGUUACUGUACGAGCACGCGGAAGAUGAGGGGAAAAAAGAAGCUAAGGAGUGACAAUGACCAGCAUAAAUUCCGCUGUGACCGGUAAAUUUAGUGAUCCAUCGGUCAUAAUGACCGGUAUAACGUCCAGAUUUAUUUCGAGGCUUGCCUACGAUCUUGACAAACAUUGUAGAAUAAUGUGAAUUUGGAAUGUUUAUUUUCACCAGGAAAUUUUGGAAUAUUGUGAAACAAAUAACAGAGAAAAACGAGAAAAAAGGAGGGGUUCAUAGUUUAAUGAGGUGAGGUGAUUAGUAUACUACACAACAAUAAUCAUUUUUUGAUUGUGCAAAUUAAAAACCUGGAUUUACAUAAACCUAGGUUUUAGGUUAUUAUGUCUAUAUAAUACCAAAUAUUCCCUAUUGUCAAGGGUGGAAAGCGGUUUGCAUUGAUGUGUAUCAUCUGUAGAAACCUUUAAUAAAACUUAACUUUUUUAUCUUACUAGUAAAUUUCAAGAUACUAGUUCUGAAUGGAAUAAUGCAGGUAUACAUAUAAUGCAAUAUAUAUAUAUAUAUAUAUAUAUAUAUAUAUAUAUAUAUAUAUAUAUAUAUAUAUAUAUAUAUAUAUAUAUAUAUAUAUAUAUAUAUAUAUAUAUAUAUAUAUAUAUAUAUUAAUUGUCAAUGAGUUGUAUACUAGGAUUUACAGAAAGAUGUGGAUUAUUAGAUUAUAACAAUUUUGCUUGGAUCUGUUCAAUGCAGGCCCGCCAAGAGGUUGCACGGUGCCUGGGCAAAACUUUUCCAGGGGGCGCCAGUAUGAUGUGAUAACUGUAAAACACUCUGGGGAAGCAGUGUUUUACAAUAUUUUACACUUAUUUGCAUAUUAUCCAGCACUAAACACAGCUAGGAUUUAGGAUUCAUUUUUAGCAAUUUUGUAUAAAAAUAUUUUUAGGCCCAUCAUUGCUUCUGGCUGGGUGGCUGUAGCUAGCUGCUUGUCAGGCUCUUUGCUUGAAAUAGAGCCUGCUACUGAAUUCAAUAAAAAGUGGACAGCAAUUUGGAUGGCCCGAAAAUAACAACCAAUCAAAACGACGAUUGUUGAUUAGAUUAUCAAAGCUAUUUAAAAUAUGACAAUGACAGACUUGCUUUAGAUCAGGAAACUGCUAUUAAUAUCUCGGAAAUAAAUGGUCCAAUUUUCAUUCCCAAUUCAAUGGCCAGGAAUUAAUUACAUACAAAAGAUUCCUAACAGUACUGACUGUGUUUAUGGGCAGUAAAAGCAGGAAUUAAGGUGGCGAAAAGUACAAGUACGGAAUAUUAUAUUACGUAAAAAAUAACUUGAUAUUGCCUUAAAAUGCAAGGCUAUUUAUUUCUGACCAAUGGGAAUAUUGCGUCUGAUUUGUACACAUACAGUAAAUCCACUUAUUAUUGACUUCAGUAGCAGGCUCUAUUUCAAGCAGAGCCUAACACACCGACUAGGAUGUCCAGGGCGAAGUGCCCUCCCUGCCCCCUCCCCUUGGCAGCCAUGCUAAUGAGGUAGUAUUAUAAUAAUUUGAACUUCUUUUUGGUUCCAGUAGAGGAAGAUGAAUGCAGUGAUGCGUCUGUAAGUUAGAAUAUUUAAUUUAUUUAUUUAUUAUUAAUGGUUGAGGCUUUAACAGGAAAUAUUAGGUACUAUAGCUUAAGAUCUAUGACGCUGACUGGGACUAGGUUGUUGUCCUAAAUAAAUAAACAUGCACUUAAGAUUCAUGACAUCCAGCUUCAAACUAUGAAUAUUUACAUCCUUGUGAAAAUGAAUUUUAAAGAGUUGUGUGAAUUUGUUACUGUUUGUUAUGCUCUUGUAUCCAUGAUGGCAAAACUCUUGUUAUGAAGUUGUCAACGUUUUGGUGGAUGAUGAGUAAUGGAGAAAGUUGUAUACAGUAUAUCUACAUCAAAAGUGUUAAAAAUAUAGAUUAAUAGUUUGGACUUGUAUAAAUUUAAUUGAUUAGUUGAUUAUUUCAUUUCAUUGAUUAAUUAAUUGUUAUUUGAUUGAUUGAUUGAUUGAUUAAUUAAUUGGUCCAUUGAUUAAUUAACUAAUUGGUUAAUUGAUUGAUUGAGUGAUUUGAUACAUAUAUUUAUUAAUGAAUUUAUUGGUUUAUUGAUUGAUUAAGUGGUUCACUAAUGAAUACAAUUAAUUGAUUAUUUAAUUAUUUGGUUCAUUGAUAAUCAAUUGCUUCAUCGAUUGAUUGAGUGAUUGGUACGUUGGUUGGUUGUUGAUUAAUUUGUGGACUAAUUAUUGAGCCAUCUUAAUGGUGACUAGAAUUGUCAUGCAGACUUUUUAAAUUUGGAAUUUCAUGUUUAACAAAUAUAAAACAUUUUCCGUGUUGAUAUACAGUUAUAUCAACACGAGUGGAAUUCGGGCGUCGUGUUUUCAUACAAUUUCGAGUUUUCCCAACUUCCACGAGUGUUGAUAUAACUAUAUAUCAAUACGGAAAAAAUGUUUUAUAUUUUUUUUUAUCAUAUAGCAAUGUCAAAAGCCCGAAGGGUAAGAAAAAGUUCCGUGUUGACAUUGAGUUAUAUCAACACGGCUCUUAGCCAAUCAGCGUUCAGAAUUUACAAAUACUAUAUUAUAACAAUAAAUAUAACUUUAGGAUAUACUGUACAUGUCUAUUAUAAUUUUUCAAUUUAAAAGUUUGAGUUUUAGUUAUGGAAUUGCAAUUAGAUUUUUGAAACAUAGGGUCCUAUAGGUUUAACCUUUAGUUGUAUGAAUUCAACUUUUUUUAAUAUUUUAGGAUGAUUCAUUUGAAUCCGAUUAUGAUGAACCAGAUCCAGAUCCAGAGGUUGAGCCAAAACCCCAGGCUGCUGUAAGUUACCGUAAACCAGGGCUCGAAUUUUAUCGCGGCAAUUGUCGUAGAGGGAGAACAAAAUGCCGUGGAUCAUUGCGGCAACGACGGCAAUUUUUUGCCGUGUAGUAUAAUUUUUGCACUAUUCACUGUGCAUUACUAUUUUGACACUUGAAUUCAGAUGUUGAUCAAAUCAUGCGUAAACUACUAUUUUAGUCUGAGUUUUCUUCGAGAAGAAAACACUAAAGAAAUACGUAAACAUGUUCCUAGCUUGUCAACAAUCCAAAUAACAAUAAAAUUGAAUUUUUAUUACAGUAAUUUGAAAAAAUGCCGUGGAAACUGCCACAAUUGCCGUAGACAGCUGUUACAGUACGUUCUACGGCAAUUUUUAACGCCAUUGCCGUCGAUUGAUUUCAGGGAAAUUCGAGGCCUGCCGUAAACCUCCGAAUAUAAGCCCACCUGAAUGUUAGCUCCCCCAUCUAGUUUACAGUUACAAUAAAUAUUACUACUAACACCAAAUGUCAUCCAUAUAUAAGCACCCCCGUAUAUAAGUCCCCCAUGUAUAAGGCACUGAGCUACAACUCAAUGGUAUAAGCCCAUAAAAAAAUGCUAGUUACGAACGAAUAUAAUAAGUUUGUUUAUUAGUUAACACUUUAUCCGAAAAUGUUUUAUUUUUGCUUUUCUGACCGUUUUCAACAACUGUCUAUCUUGCGUGUUUGAACUAGAUUUCACUGGAACGAAAAGAAACAAUCAGGCGAAAUUUAUUAAUGAGCCUUAUGCCUCAAACUGCUACUCCACAAGUCGAUGACGAUGUAAGUACUGUAAAUUUCAGCAGUUUUUACGAAUGAUAAAAUUGCACGAGAAACUUAUUAAUAAUAUGCAUGAAAAACUACUUAUUAUUACUUAUUAAUAAUAUACAUGAAAAAAUUAUGCAGUUACGUGCGUACAGUAAGUCACGUUAAGAAAUUAAGAAAUUUUAAAAAUUAAAAAAUUAGGAAAAUUUAAAAAAAAUUGCACUGUUUAUUCUGUAUUUCAUUUUUUUGCACUGUAUUUCGAAAAAAUUGCACUGCUCUUAGCCAAUCAGAAUUGAGAAUUUUUUUCAUGUAUAUUAUUAAUAUUUUUAUGUGCUACUUAAAACAUGAGCAGCAGUGUUCUAUCAGAUAUAAAGAUACGAGGCGAAGCCGAGUAUCUUUAGGUCCGAUAAACACGCACUGCGAAUGUUUUAAAUUGCUUCAAAAACGAUCGAUCUACGGAUCUAGUAAGUUCAUUGACAUUGGCGAAGUAAUUUUCAAAAAAUACGUUGUGUAAAGCCCUGUUUAAACGGAUCCAACAUUGUUGGGCCAACAUCAUCCAACAUUGUUGAAAUAAUGGCUCAAACGGCUUCUUUUUCAAAUAUUUUGUCAAGACUAGGUUUAGGGUUUGAGUAAAGCUUAUCUAACCAAAAAGAUUUGAAAGAGAAGCAGUCAUAUCUAGUAUAGUAACAUUGUUGGAUGAUGUUGGUCCAACAAUGUUGGAUCCGUUUAAACAGGCCUUAAGUCGAGAAAAUCAAAGACGUUAAAGUUUAUGUAAAUCAAGGGAAAGCUCUGUCACAUAUAAAGAUACGAGUCCUGCGACAUGCUUAUCAUGAUUUUUCUUUGUGUUUUCCUCAUGAAUCAUUUCCUCAUGAAUCAUUUCCCCAUGUGUUUUCCUCAUGAGUUUUUGAAUCAUUUAUUGAGUAUUCUACUAUAUGACUGAACAAUAAAUAUGGUACAAUACAUAAUAUGUUACAAAAGGCAAACAAACAAAAAGACAAGACGACAAAAUUAGUAGAUAAACUCAAACGAAAGAGCACAAACGGGACAAGACGUCCCAUGCAAGGUGUUUCCCGUAAUUACUUUAAAUAUAACUAAAGAUAGGACAAUAUAUACUUAGAUUCUGUCAAAGUAUUAUAGCAGGUAGUAUAGCACGACUCCACAAGCUUUGUAGCUUUAAAGAUAGGGUACAGUCCAGUCUGCGCAUGCGCACAUAGGAGUCUCCUGUCGUGAUAUAAACACUUUAAUUAGGUUUUUAUUUAAAAAAUAUAAAACAUUUUCCGUGUUGAUAUACAGUUAUAUCAACACUAGUAGAAAUUGGGAAAACGAGAAGUUGUGUGGAAACACGACGCCCGAAUGGCGGAGUGUUUUCACACAAUUUCGAGUUUUCCCAAUUUCCACGAGUGUUGAUUAUUAACUGUAUAUCAAUACGGAAAAAAUGUUUUAUAUUUGUCAAAUAAAAACCUAAUUAAAGUGUUUAUAUCACGAAGCACAUAGCACAAAGAAACAUAAAUAAAGAAAUUUUCCAACGUUUCCGUGUUGACAUCGAGUUAUAUCAACACGGCUCUUAGCCAAUCAGCUUUCAAAAUUUACAAAUGCUCUAUUAUAAUUCAUUUUAUGUUCUUGCAAAGCCUGAUUGUUGUAUCUUGAUAAUUUAUUAUACUGUACAAUCAUGAAAAUAUAAAUAGUUGUCGAAUAAAGUUCAAUAUUUUGAAUACCGAAAUGUAAAUAAAGGCUUUGUUUACAUACGGACUGUACCCUACCUUUAAGUACAAAUCGUGAUUAAAUCAAGUCUUACCUUAGGAGUAGAAGAACAUAAAUUAUAUGUAUCAAAUUAUUUAUUUAUUUGUUCCAAUUUCAGAGUCACGAAGAUUAUCCAGAACCUGAAGAUAUUUACGACGUUCCGGAAGAAGGUUUUGGUAAGAAAUAUAUUGCAUCCUUUUCUCCUUUGCCUUCCAGGGGAUUCCAUAGUUACUUAUCCUACGGGAGCCCCAUCAAUACCAGCCAUUCUUGGGUUUCAAUCACUUAGUGAAAUUUUAGCAUAAUUGAAUUCAAGUGGGGAUCAAUCAUAGAACUAAGGUCAACUGAAACAACAAAGAAACAAAGUAACUGUCAACACAUCUUAUAUAAAUGAGUUCCAUGCCUAUAGAAAAGGAAAAUUUUCAUCCUGGCAAAAAAUAUCAAUUUCAUUUUGGAUCUUCAGUGCUGUAGCUGGAAAAGCCUGGAAUCUCUAAGCCAGGGGAUUUCGGGAAUCUGGGUGGGCCCAGGAAAAUCUAAAGUUUCUUAGAACUGACUCAACUCAGGAACAUAUUACUAUUUUAGUGAUUUUACAUCACAUAAUUUGUGACUUGUGUGGAUGAGAAUUCAGAAAAUAUCAUAUAAUACACACUGGGAAGAAUAUUUGUGCAGAAGAAUUAAAUCUUAGCAUUGAAGCAUUCAUAUUUCAUAAUUGAUAUUUGAUAAUUUCAAUAUUUCAAUCAAUUAAGUUUAAUUGACAGCUGUUAAUACAGCAGCCACUGCUGACAAUAUAAAAGCCGCCCUUCUCCCUUGACACAAACCCUUGCAGGAAAUGGGUGUGUUGUGGUGUGAUUAGGGUGCGGCCUCGUCACAAAAAGAGCUUACUUCGAAAUAGGCUUACUGCAAGAUUACCGGCCUCUCUAAAAAUCCAUAUUCAGAAAGUCUAACACGAGUGUAGAAGCGUAUUUUAAAUCUUACUCAUGUCUAGGUCAGCCGAAUAGGUGGCGGUUGUCUACCCUCUCCCCCAAUUUAUUUCCAGUGAGCUCCAUAUAUAUCUGGAGCGAGAACUCGAGUCCAAAAGGUAAAGCCAAAGAUGGCGGAAAUUGAAGAGCUAUUGGACGUCAACCCAGUCCCUUUCUAUUGUCUUUGUCUGCGCGGUCGGAUACGAAGCUGCCAAAAGUGUGCCGAAAUUUCGUAUUUUGACUUCGAUUUAAAGAUUAAUAUUAUGAUUUUUAUGAACUGAAAACUUGAUUAGCUGGGGGAAAAUGGUACUAUACUGUCUGUUAGAAAAUGACUGGAUUUAGCUGGGGGGAAAUGGUACUAUACUGUCUGUUAGAAAAUGACUGGAUUUAGCUGGGGGAAAUGGUGUUAAAACUGUUUACGACCUUUAGAGCUAUUGGACGUCAAUUCCACCAUUUUGGCUUCACCUUUUUCAUGGGCCGAAUGACUGAAGUUGUUGCUCCAGAUAUAUAUAUAUAUAUAUAUAUAUAUAUAUAUAUAUAUAUAUAUAUAUAUAUAUAUAUAUAUAUAUAUAUAUAUAUAUAUAUAUAUAUAUAUAUAUAUAUAUAUAUAUAUAUAUAUCACUGUUUAUUUCUUACUUACGACGUCAUGUCUAGGUGAACCAGAUGAAGAUAUGUAUGACGUACCAAGUGAUGAAUCUGGAGGAGGUCUGUAAACUAGUUUAUUUGGCAAGAUUUAUUUUUCGAAUAAAGAUAGUAUUGUUUUAUUUCUACGUUUCGACAUGCAAGUUGUUACAGGUCUG